AGCGAGAGAGCGGUGCAAUGAUAAAAACCGCAUAUGCGGUGAGCUACACACACCUCUCAGGCAGGAAAAUACCAACGAAAACGCCUCACCCCGGUUCUCCUCGCAUCACAGCCUUACCCACUACUCUGAGCCGAACCUGAAGUGCCAGUAGAACCAUGUCCAAGCCAACGGGGGGCGGUGUCAACGAUGUCACCCGCUUACUGACAUCGGGGGCCACGUCGCCAGGGUCACCCAACUCCAAACCUACGUUCUCUGCCGCCAGCCAGGCCGACUGGGCGGCUAAGAGGCUGGUGUGGGUGCCGUCAGAGAAGCAUGGCUUUGAGUCGGCCAGUAUCCGGGAGGAGCGAGGUGAUGAGGUGGAGGUCGAGCUGACAGAGAACCAGAGGAAGGUGACUCUGUCAAGGGAGGAGGUGCAGCGAAUGAACCCCCCACGCUUCAGCAAAGUAGAAGACAUGGCCGACCUCACCUGCCUGAACGAAGCCUCGGUGCUACACAACCUGAGAGAGAGAUACUACUCUGGCUUAAUCUAUACAUAUUCAGGGCUCUUCUGUGUGGUGGUCAACCCUUACAAGAACCUGCCCAUCUACACAGAGUCCAUCGUGGACAUGUACCGGGGCAAAAAACGCCACGAGAUGCCCCCACACAUCUACGCCAUAUCAGAGGCCGCCUAUCGCAGCAUGCUACAAGACAGAGAAGACCAGGCAAUCCUCUGCACAGGCGAGUCUGGAGCUGGGAAAACAGAGAACACUAAGAAAGUCAUUCAGUAUAUGGCUCACGUUGCCUCUUCCCAUAAGGGUGUCACUCCGGGAAGAAACAAGGAAGCUUUACAGAGCAUGCAAUAUGGCGAGCUGGAGAGACAGCUGCUGCAGGCCAACCCCAUACUGGAGGCCUUCGGCAACGCAAAGACUGUCAAGAAUGACAACUCCUCUAGAUUUGGUAAAUUCAUCCGCAUUAAUUUUGAUGUGGCGGGGUACAUUGUCGGUGCCAACAUCGAAACCUACCUCCUGGAAAAAUCCCGGGCCACCCGUCAGGCCAAAGAUGAGAGGACAUUCCACAUCUUUUACCAGCUACUGUGUGGAACUUCAGAUGAGACAAAAGCGGACCUGCUUUUAGGAACUGCUGAUGAGUACCGCUUUCUCAGCGGAGGCUCCAUCCCUGUCCCUGGUCAGAGCGAUUCAGAGAACUUCACUCAGACCAUGGACUCCAUGGCUAUAAUGGGCUUCAACCCAGAGGAGUCGCUAUCCAUGCUUAAGGUGAUCUCCUCUGUGCUCCAAUUUGGGAACAUUUCCUUCAUGAAGGAGAAGAACCACGAUCAGGCCUCGAUGCCUGAUAACACAGCCGCUCAGAAACUGUGCCAUCUGCUGGGCAUCAACGUGCUGGAGUUCACCCGGGCCAUCCUCACUCCCAGAAUCAAAGUGGGUCGAGAGUAUGUGCAGAAGGCCCAGACCAAAGAACAGGCGGACUUUGCUGUGGAGGCCUUAGCAAAGGCAUCAUAUGAGCGUCUGUUCAGAUGGCUGGUCCACAGGAUCAACAGAGCUCUGGACCGCAGACAGAGGCAGGGAGCCUCCUUCAUAGGCAUCCUGGAUAUCGCUGGAUUUGAGAUCUUCCAGCUGAACUCCUUUGAGCAGCUGUGCAUCAACUACACCAACGAGAAGCUGCAGCAGCUCUUCAACCACACCAUGUUCAUCCUGGAGCAGGAGGAGUACCAGCGAGAGGGCAUCGAGUGGAACUUUAUCGACUUCGGCCUUGACUUACAGCCGUGCAUUGACCUCAUCGAGAAACCAGCCCACCCGCCUGGUGUGCUGGCGCUGCUGGAUGAAGAGUGCUGGUUUCCCCGGGCAACCGACCGCUCAUUUGUGGAGAAGGUGUCCGCUGAGCAAGGCACACAUCCGAAAUUCUUCAAACCAAAGCAGCCACGCGGGGAGGCAGACUUCUCCAUCAUUCACUAUGCUGGCAAGGUGGACUACAAGGCACAUGAUUGGUUAGUGAAAAAUAUGGACCCUCUGAACGACAAUGUGGCGUCUCUUCUCCACCAGUCCUCUGAUCACUUUGUGUCAGAGCUUUGGAAGGAGGUGGACAGGAUCGUGAGUCAGGACCAGGUGUCGAUAGGCGAGAGCAGCGGGCCGGUCUCGUUCGGAGGGUCAGGCCUGAAGACGAAGAAGGGGAUGUUCAGGACUGUUGGUCAGCUGUACAAGGAGUCUCUCACAAAGCUGAUGGCAACUCUGAGGAACACCAACCCCAACUUCCUCCGCUGCAUCAUUCCAAACCACGAGAAGAGGGCUGGCAAGCUGGCCCCUAACCUGGUUUUGGACCAACUAAGGUGUAAUGGCGUUCUGGAGGGGAUCCGAAUCUGCAGACAAGGCUUCCCUAACCGAAUCCCAUUCCAGGAGUUCAGACAGAGAUAUGAGAUCCUGACACCUAAUGCUAUUCCUCGCACAUUCAUGGAUGGCAAGCAGGCAUCAGAGCUGAUGAUCAGAGCUUUGGAGCUGGAUCUCAACCUGUUCAGGGUCGGUCAGAGUAAAGUGUUCUUCAGAGCUGGAGUCCUGGCUCACCUGGAGGAAGAGAGGGACCUGAAGAUCACAGACACCAUCAUUCGCUUCCAGAGCGCCUCCAGGGGCUACCUCGCCCGCAAAGCCUUCCUGAAGAAGCAGCAGCAGAUGAGCGCUCUGAGGGUGAUGCAGAGGAACUGUGCCGCUUACCUCAAACUCAGGAACUGGCAGUGGUGGCGGCUGUUCACCAAGGUGAAGCCCCUGCUGCAGGUGACCCGGCAGGAUGAGGAGAUCCAGGUUAGGGAGGCCGACCUCCAGAAGGCCAAGGAACACCUCACCCGAGUGGAGCAGGACUACACAGAGCUGGACAAGAAACAUGCUCAGCUGGUCGAGGAAAAGUCUGUGCUGGCUGACCAGCUGCAAGCAGAGGCAGAGCUGUUUGCGGAGGCGGAGGAGAUGAGGGCGCGGUUGGCCAGUCGGAAACAGGAGCUGGAGGAGGUGCUGAGCGAGAUGGAGACUCGAUUGGAGGAAGAGGAGGAGAGAGGCACGCAGUUGGCCAAUGAGAAGAAGAGGAUGCAGCAGAAUAUUCAGGACCUGGAGGAGCAGCUAGAGGAGGAGGAAAGUGCCCGACAGCGCCUCCUGCUGGAGAAGGUUACCUUGGAGACCAAAGUGAAGAGUCUGGAAACGGACCUGCUGACUGCAGUGGAGCAGAGAGACCGACUCAGCAAGGAGAAGAAACAGUUUGAAGAGCGUCUGAGCGAGGUGACGGAUCAGCUGACUGAGGAAGAGGAGAAAUCCAAAAGUCUCAACAAACUCAAGAACAAACAGGAUGCUGUCAUCGCAGAUCUAGAGGAGCGGCUGAAGCGUGAGGAGCAGGCUCGCUUGGAGCAGGAGAAGUGGAAGAGGAGGAUGGAGAACGACACGGUGGAGGCCCAGGAGCAGCUGUCAGACCUGGGUAUGCUGUCCGCCGAGCUGAGGGGCAGUCUGGCCCAGAAGGAGAAGGAAAUCACCACCCUGCAGGGCCGGUUGGAGGAAGAAGGAGCACGCCGUGCAGAGGCUCAGAGGGCGCUGAGGGAGGCCAUGUCCCAGGUGUCUGAGCUGAAGGAGGAAGUGGAGAAUGAGCGAGGGAUGAGAGAGCGGGCGGAGAAACAGAGGCGAGACCUGGGGGAGGAGCUGGAGGCUUUGAGAACGGAGCUGGAGGACACUCUGGACACCACAGCUGCCCAGCAAGAGCUCAGGUCUCGUCGGGAGGCGGAGUUAAAUGAUCUCCAGCGAUGUGUAGAAGACGAGACUCGCCGCCACGAGGCCCAGCUAUCAGAACUCCGAGUCAAACACAGCUCUGCCAUAGACAACCUUCAGGAACAGCUGGACAAUAGCAAGAGAGCACGUCAGUCCCUCGAGAAGGCCAAAUCAGUGCUGGACGAAGAGAGGCAGAAUAUGAGCGCCGAACUUAAGAGCCUCCAAGCGGGCCGCACGGAGAGCGAAAGGGGUCGCAAGAGGGCCGAGAGUCAGCUGCAGGAGGUCAGCGCCCGCCUGACUCAGGCCGACAGAGAGCGGGAGGAGAAAGAAGAGAAAUUGCACAAGCUACAGUGCGAGAUUGAGAAUCUCAGCGGCAGUGUGUCCACCUCUGACACCAAAUCCCUUCGGCUGGUGAAAGAGGUCAGCAGCCUGGAGAGCCAGCUGAAUGAUGCAAAGGAACAACUGCAGGAUGAGAGUCGUCAAAAGAUGACUCUGGGCUCGAGGGUACGAGCGCUGGAGGAGGAAAAGAACGGACUGAUGGAGAGACUGGAGGAAGAGGAGGAGAGAGCCAAAGAGUUAACCCGGCAGAUUCAGACUCAUGCCCAGCAGCUGGCAGAGCUUCGUAAGCAGUCGGAGGAGGUGAACACGGCCGUGGAAGCCGGAGAGGAGACGCGCAGGAAACUCCAGAGAGAGCUGGACAGCGCCGUCGCAAGGGAGCGUCAGAAGGAGGAGGAGAAGGAGAGGGUGGAGAGGCAAAGGGAGCGACUGAGGGAGGAGAUCGAGGACAUGACCCUCGCUCUACAGAGAGAGAGGCAGAACUGCACGGCCCUGGAGAAGAGGCAGAAGAAGUUUGACCAGUGUCUGGCGGAGGAGAAAGCGGUAAGCGCUCGGCUGGCAGAGGAAAAGGACCGGGCAGAAGCAGACAGCCGAGAGAAAGAGACCAGACAUAUGGCCCUUUCCCGAGCCCUGCAGGAGGCGCAGGAAGGAAGGGAAGAGCUAGAGAGGGCCAACAAGCAGCUCCGUCUGGAAAUGGAACAGCUUGUUAACCAGCAGGACGACGUCGGCAAGAAUGUCCAUGAACUGGAGCGAACCCGCAGGAGCUUAGACGCUGAAGCACAGAACCUGCGAAUUCAGACGCAGGAGCUUGAGGAGGAACUGACGGAGGCGGAGAACUCGAGGCUGAGGCUGGAGGUCAACCUGCAGGCACUCAAGGCCCAGUUUGAGAGGGAGAUAAGCACCAACGAGGAGAAGGGAGAGGAGAAGAGGAGGGCGCUCAGCAAACAGGUGAGGGAGUUGGAGAUCCAGCUGGAGGAAGAGAGGAGUCAGCGGUCUCAGGCUGUGUCAUCCAAGAAGCAGCUGGAAGCAGAACUGCAGGAUGCGGAGGCCCAGGUGGAGACUACCACGCGCGGGAAAGAGGACGCUAUGAAACAGCUACGGAGGCUGCAGGGUCAAAUGAAGGAAGUUCUGCGCGAGCUAGAGGAGAGCAGGUUGUCCCGGGAUGAGGUGAUGGCACAAUCCAAGGACAACGAAAAGAGGAUCCAAACUCUGGAAGCAGAGGUCCUGCAGUUCACUGAGGAGCUCUCUGUAUCAGACAGGCAGAGGAGACAGGCUCAGCAGGAGAGAGACGAGAUGGCCGAUGAGAUGGUCAACAGCAGCUCUGGAAAGAAUGUGCUGUUUGAAGAGAAGCGGAGGUUAGAGGCACGAGUCAGUCAGCUGGAGGAGGAGCUGGAGGAGGAGCAGAGUAACGCUGAGCUGAUGUCGGAGAGACAGAGGAAGACUGCCCUACAGGUGGAGACUCUGACCGUGCAGCUGCAGGGAGAGAGAACUUUGGCCCAGAAGGCAGAGGCGGCCCGGGAGCAGCUGGAGAGGCAGAACAAGGAGCUGAAGAGUCGCCUGGGGGAGAUGGAGGGAGCCGUGAGGGGCAAACACCGACUCAGCGUCGCAGCCCUGGAGGCCAAGAUCGACUCUAUGGAGGAGCAGCUGGAGCAGGAGAGACAGGAACGAGCCAUUGCCAACAAACUGGUGCGAAAGACAGAGAAGAAACUGAAGGAGGUGAUGAUGCAGUCGGAGGACGAGAGGAGACAUGCAGACCAGUACAGAGAACAGGUGGAUAAAUCGAUGGUCCGCCUGAAGCAGCUGAAGAGGCAGCUGGAGGAGGUGGAGGAGGACAACUCUCGCUCCAACGCCCAGAAGAGGAAGCUGCAGAGAGAGCUGGAGGAGCUCACAGAUGCCAGUCAGAGCAUGGCUAGAGAGAUCACCACUCUACGCAGCCAGCUCAGCCUUCCUGAAUGGAGACCAGAGCAGUAGGUCAAUGCGUGCUCCGUUGCCCCUGGCGAUGCGUGGACGCAGAGCGCUGGUAGACGACCUCUCGUUGGAGAACUCUGACUCUGAGGAGCCUCCAGCCUCGCCGACCCCCUCCUCUGGACCCCCAGGGACCCCAACUCCCUCCUCUGAACACAGCAUGGACCCCCCACCGCCCUACAGCGUCAACAACACAGAGUGACGCACCUAUAGACUCGGUUACACAUAAUACGCACACACACACACAACCACAAACACAUUGGCCUCUCACAGCCUCGACUACUCAGGGGUGAAGGAGUGACACGCAUAUAACAACACUAGUUUAUAAAAGUAAAUUUAUGAUGAAUACAUCAGGUACAUCUGUCUGUACAACAACCUCACUAAAAAGAAAGUGUAAAAUUAGAUUUCACAAAGAGGAAACUGGAGUUCAUUUUGUAAAAGACUGUGACAAAAUUACAUAACAAAGACUGGAAAUUUCUACACUACAUCUCUGUAAAUCAUUCAGAGAAACAAAACUACAUUUUCCAGUGUUCCAAGGGGAAAGAAAAUGACUAUCAACUAACUUCUUGAUGCUGUACGGUAAUUAGUAGAAAACAUUAUGGUGAUCUUUUCCUUGAGGAGGUAUUUAAAAGAUAAGCCAUGUUCAAACCCUUUGACAAGGAUUUUAUAUAUAUAUAUAUAUAUAUACAAUCUGAUGUCAUACAGGGCUGCUGGAGGGUGAUGAUACAAAAUCUGUAUGUGUGUUACAAAAAGAGGUCAACAAGAGAAGUCGAGUACACACAUGAAACAAUGUGAUUUAUGACAUUUUAAUACAGCAGUUUUAAAAAACAUGAAAUAAGAAACUUGUGAUAAUCUGGUAAACAGUUGGGGGGGGACAACAGCUGACAUUUUGGGCGAGUUAGCAAAAGAGAAAUAGCAUAGUAACUAUUAUUUAAUUCAACUUUUAUUGUCAACGGUUGAUCAGAAACUGGGAAAAAUUCCAUCUCACAUUAUCUAAUUGUCACUUUUCAGAAUUGUAAAAACGCAAACGUUUGAGUAUAAAAAGCAGUCUCAAUGCACUUAAGCUGCAUUAAGGUUUUAUUAAAUAAAUAAAUCUUCUUUCUGUAGAUUAGAAACAGUAUGUUGUUAGGCAAAGCAGUGGGUAGAAAUUAGUUUCUUUAACUAAAAUCUUAACAUAUUGCUUCAGAAAUUUGAAUUUAUAUAAUUUAUAUCCAAAUGUGAACUUAAGUUAUUUGACGGCUGGUUAUUUUCUGUACGACUCUCCUGUGUUGUGGGAAAGUUAGUCUGAUCAUUAUUGCUCCUGCUGCAGUCCGCUUUACAGCGUCGGCUCUCAGCAGGGAAUUUGCAAUGGAGAGCGGUGGAUAACUGGUUUCACUGUUUAAGGCCGUUUCCGGUGUGAAAAAUGGGUUAUUUACCACAGCGACAUAUAGGAAUAACCUGUGGAGAACUGUACUGAUGGAUUUUUUUAUCCAAAGCAGAACAAAUCGUGACAAUGGAUCUUUUUUUAAAUAUCUUUUAGACUGAUAAACACAUCUCAAUUUAUUUUGACAAGCAUCUUGUACAUUGUAACUUUGAUUUUCAAUGAUUAUCUGUGUAAAUUAUCGAUCAAACAAAGCUUUUGUUUUUAACCAAAUGGUGGGCGUAUGGAUGAGAAAAAGGGACUUAAAUAAGUAGUAAAUGUAGAGUAGUUGUAGAUUAGAUGAGAGGGUAGAGCCCGAGGAGGUUUUCUACUUUUCCUCAGUAGAAUAAACUCAGUCUCUGCUCAGAGUUCCUGUGCAGACUAACUGAGCAUGAGACUCAAACAUUUUCAGAUACUUAGGGUUAGAUACAAAAAUGACAAUGGAAGCACUGAGGAAUGAAUUUUUAUGAAGCAAAUGCAAGUUGAACAAAAAGUAGAAUUUCUUUUUUACCCUGUCUAUUGACUCAAAUUGACCCACGUGUGUGUGGUGUCAUCCAGACACAAGCAGGGUGAGGACCCUGCUGUGAAACAGACAUUGUUUUUGUGGAACCUGGAUUCAAAUACGUGUUUUCCUUUUGAUAAAACAUCUCCAUUUUCCUCAGCAUGUUUAUAUUAUUGUUUAACAGGUGGUUUAAUAGACCUAUUUUUAUUACAUUGACCUUCAUUCACCACCUGUUUGCCUGUCACAGCUCUAAGGCUGUCCAGGAUCAAAUGUGAUGUCUAGAGUUUUGUCUUAGACACAUGUAACGAUAUUUUAAAGAUAUAAUUUAACAAUUUGGGAAAUAUGCUUUCUUGUGGAUAGUAGGACAGGAAUGUUUUAUGUCACUACAAUAGAAAUAAAGCUACAGCCAGCAAUUGCUUAGCUUAGGUUAGCCUAGCAUAAAGCCUUGAAAGAUGGGUAAACAGCCAGCCCGGUUCUGUCUAGCGAAAAGUACUCUGGGGUUUGACCGAAAAAACAUAAACGUAGCUUGUUGCUUUACACUUAGUUUUUUCUUAAACCAACAGGAUAAAACAUGACUGAUAUUUAGAAAUGCUGGAAGGUUUGUUUUUGUUUCAUUCAGGCAGAGCUAGCUAACUGUUGCUUAGUGUGCUAAGCUAAUUCCAAAGUAACUGGCUGUAGUUUCAUAUUUACCAAACAGACAUGAGAAUGACAAUGAUCUUGACAAUGAUGUUCUUACUCGUAAAAAAGCCUAUUUCCCAAAAACAUAAAACCAUUCCUUUAAAUAAUAAAGAGAGUUACCAGUGGUUUUACUUUGAAUUGGCGCUAAAGAAAGAUAAAGAUAAAUCACAAAUGUUGCUCCGUAAGUUUUCUUUGCUUUCGGGUUGUUAUACUAGCUGGCAAAGGAUUAAUGAUCCUGAUGGUGUUGACCGUGCAUUCGUUUUCGGUAAUCAGGGUCUUCAUCACUGCUCCCUUCCUCUUGUUUUAAAUAAACAAGUGUACUGUAUAUGUUAAUGAAACCGCAAUGCAAAGCUAAAAUCUGCAUAUCAACAUCAAUAGGCGCGUACAGGGCAUGUAAGGCAUUUUGUAUUGUUUUGCCUUGCCAGGUUCACCUUGAUUCACAGUUAGUGAGAGGUGAAGAUCAAGAAAGAGUUUGACUACUGACGACAUAUAUUUAAGCCUGAUUAUAGGGUUUGAUUUUUUUGUUUUCAUUAUGUACAAUAUUAUUUUAGCAAUAUGCAAUUGAUUUGUUAGACGCUGUGUUUUUUUAUUUUAAGAUAUUGUGUAAACGCUGCACUUUACACAUUACAGAACAUCAUGUCUGCUUUGUCCGGUUGUGUUUUAUCUCAAAGAGGGCGACAUUAAGCAUAAAGCCAAAUGAGCUGACAUCACGUGUCAAAAACGACGCAAUCUGUCUCUCUGAACUGUUCACUUAAAAAUCGUAAUCUCAGAAUGUCGUACCAGCGUCUAAACGUGGCGACGUCGCUCACGCCUUGAUAGACCAAAAUCUGAAGACACGUGGAUUGAGCUGUCCGUCUGUAGCAAGUGACGAGGCCGGUGCUUCUCUAAGGUGUUAUUUUUCUCUCUCUGUUCUUUAUGGCUACUGUGGAACUUGAAACAUUUUUAAAAAAAAGUGUUUUAUUGUUUUAGCCUUUGUUUUGUUUAUGAUGCUGUAAUUAUAAAACAUCUGACUGGGGUUAACUUUAAUAUAUGUCGUUGGUUUUGA